CAACAUCGGCCAAGCAGCGCUAUGGGGGUGAAGCUGGAGCUGUUUCGGAUGAUGCUAUAUUUAUCUUUUCCUGUUGCUAUGUUCUGGAUUUCAAAUCAGGCAGAUUAUUUUGAGGAAUGUGUUAUCAAGCGGAAGAGAGAGAUAUACCCACCUGAAGAUAAUUACCAGAGAAAAGAACUGGAAGACUUCAAGGAGAGAAUGAGGAAGAAACACGAGGAGUAGAUGCUUCAGGCAGCUAAGGAAUAAUGAUGUAGCAUCAUCCCCUUUCUCCCCAGGGUUUGAUGCACUCUCAAGAAAGUUGUCAUCACAAAUCUCCUACUUUAACUUAAUAAAUGCCCUCUAAAACACUUUUUGUACUAAGAGAUGAAGGGAAUUGCAAUGCAGUUUCACUUUGUAUUCCUGAAUAAUGGUUCUGUGCAUGCCUCCAUGGCUGUCAACGGAAAAUGGGAAGAGGGUAUAGGCUACUUCCUUGGUGUUCUUCUGGGUCUUGCUGGGUGAAGCUGCUGAACCCUGUCUGCAAGUUUGGCAGCUGUCUUAGGAGAGUCACUUUGAAUAAAAAGUUAUUUAUAG